AUGAGCGCCGGUGAGCUGGAGAGCGGCAACGCCGGUGAGCCCGCCAAGCUCAUCCGCCAGCGCUACAGGGAGGCCUCUGACAUCAUCAAGAAGAAGGGCCAGAUGUGCGCCCUGUUCAUCAACGACCUGGACGCCGGCGCGGGCCGCAUGGGUGACGCGACCCAGUACACGGUGAACAACCAGAUGGUGAACGCCACCCUCAUGAACAUCGCCGACAACCCCACCAACGUGCAGCUGCCCGGCGUGUACAAGGAGGAGACCAUCCCCCGCGUCCCCAAGUACUACUGGAACCCGACCCGCGAGGACCGCGUGGGCGUGUGCAUGGGCAUCUUCCACGAGGACAACGUGACGCGCGCAGAGGUGGAGAAGCUGGUCGACGCCUUCCCCGGCCAGUCGAUCGACUUCUUCGGCGCCCUGCGCGCGCGCGUGUACGACGACAAGGUCCGCGAGUUCGUGUCCAACCUCGGCGUGGAGAACCUCUCCAAGCGCCUGGUCAACAGCCGCGAGGGCAAGGUCGAGUUUGAGAAGCCGCGCAUGGCCCUGGACGUGCUCAUGAAGUACGGCCGCUACCUGGUGGAGGAGCAGGACAACGUGAAGCGCGUGCAGCUGGCCGAGGCCUACAUGAGCGGCGCCGAGCUGGCGGGCUCCGCGGGCUCCUCCAUGCCCGAGGCCUACAAGGCCCACUAG